CUUGCAAGGAGCCAGAGUGACUGCAGCCUGGUAGACAUCUUUUCUUCACAGCUGGAGGAGCCUGUGACCCCCAUCCUCUCCAACUCUGGCCUCUACCACUCAGCUCUGUCCCCAUGUCACCAAGGUUCUGGGCCUCAGUGUGAGUGGUACUCACUGCCCCAAGUCUAUUUCUGGUUUUCUCUUCCACUUGCUCUCUGCGUUUGUUAGACCUGGACCUUCAGCUCCAGAAUGUUCCUUCUACUGACCGUACUCCAAGCCUUGGCUCUAGCCAUGGUCCAGAGUCAAGGAGAUCAUAAAAUUGUUGGUGGCUACACAUGUAUCCAGAACUCCCAGCCGUGGCAAGUGGCCCUGCAAGCAGGUCCUGGGCGUAGAUUCCUGUGUGGAGGGGUUCUACUGUCGGACCAGUGGGUCAUCACUGCUGCCCAUUGUGCCCGCCCGAUUCUUCACGUGGCCCUGGGCAAGCACAACCUGCGGAGGUGGGAAGCGACUCAGCAGGUGGUGCGUGUGGUUCGUCAGGUACCACAUCCCCAGUACCAACCCCGGGCCCAUAACAAUGACCUGAUGCUGCUGCAGCUUCAGAAGAAGGUGCGGAUGGGGCGAGCAGUGAGGGCCAUUGCUGUGGCCACAUCCUGUGCCAGCCCAGGGACUCCCUGCCGGGUGUCAGGCUGGGGGACCACAGCCAGCCCCGUUGCCAGGUACCCCAAUGCUCUACAGUGUGUGAAUGUCAACAUUAUGUCAGAGGAGGUGUGCCGUCGGGCCUACCCUGGAACCAUCACAUCCGGCAUGGUCUGUGCCGGGGUUCCCCAAGGCGGAAAGGACUCCUGUCAGGGUGAUUCUGGCGGACCCCUGGUGUGUGGAGGACAGCUCCAGGGCCUUGUGUCCUGGGGAAUGGAGCGUUGUGCCAUGCCUGGCUUCCCGGGGGUCUACGCAAACCUGUGCAAUUACCAAAACUGGAUCCAGAGAACAAUGCAGGGCAACUGAUUAUCCAUUACCAUCCCGUCAUUACCAGAUGUCCCUGUGCUUUCACUGCCUCCUCCAUCAGACACUGAAGUCCUCCUCAGCCUUCCUCCCACACACUUAAGACUCUAGUCUCCAGCCUCCUCUCUCAGACCCAGGACCCCAGGCCCAGCCUCCUCCCUCAGACCCAGUACCCUAGGCCCAGCCUCCUCCCUCAGACCCAGUACCCUAGGCCCAGCCUCCUC